AUGGUUUUUGGAUUUAUUAAGAAGGAACGUAGAGUGCCAGAUCUUUCGAGAUACGAUUACUAUUAUCAACAGAAUAAUCUAGAUUAUAAUAAAUCGCAUAGACUGUCCACUGCAGCUGCGUCUGCUGCGGCUGCUAUCAGAUCAGGUAGCAAUAGUCCUGUCUUAAAUACCCACAGUUUCAAUUCAAGAAGAACUCAAUCCAUGAUAUAUGACUCUAAUCCAUACACACAUGUUCCCCACACCAACAGUAAUAUCCAUAUUAAUACUCGUUCUGUUUCUAAAGAUCUAAGAAGAAAAACAAUCAAUAAUAAUAAUAAUAUUCAAAGCAAACAAAAAAUUAAAGGUAGGCAUGAGAAUAAUCAUGGUGAUUCAAAUAUUAACUAUAAAAAGACUUAUUCUUUGAGAUCUCGAUCAACGUUUGAUAGAAAUAUCGAUUUAUCUUCUAUGAAACAAAGAAAUAAUAAUCAUAAUAAUAAUAAUAAUAAUAUUCGUUCUAAAUCUUCUGGUAGUACAACAAUACCGACUGCCGUGAACCAAAGAAGACUAAAUAGUUUAUCCUCUACAAAUGGACGUAGUUCAAGGUUGAAUUCAUUGACUUCAAAUGGUAAUGCAAGAAGGCUUAAAAGACAGCAACAACAGCAACAGCAACAGAUAAAUAAUCCUAAUAAUAUUCUUGGUCAAUCAUCUAGAACUAACUCCAUCACUACUACAGUUACAAGGGUCACUGAUCCACUUGGAAGAACCACUUCCAUCACUAAAAAGACUAUAAAACGUAUUGAUGGAUACGAAUACGUUGAAACUACUACAACCACCACAAAUUUGGUUCCCUUAAACGAACUUGCUGACGAUGAUGACAAUAAUAAUAUUAAUAACAAGUUAUUAAAUCCUUCUAUUCAAAAACAUUUUGAUGAGUUUAGUGAUAAUUUUAAUAUGACUGAAGAUGAAGACCAUGAUUCAACAAUGUUAAAUGAUAUAGGCAAUAACACUAUGGACACUAAUGAUAACACUAAUAAUUUAUCCCUGACCAAUGAAACCGAUUCGUAUCACGAUGAACUUAUACAAGAUAGCUCUCAUUAUAAUAAUAUUGAUGACACUUUGGAUAAUGGGACUUUGCAGGAAUUAGAUGAAGAUUUAUCACUACCAAAAGAAAUUAUUGAGGAAACAGCUUAUGAUAUAAAUAUGAAGAAUAACAACAACAUCCAUAAUACGAGUGCGAAUGAUUCAACAGCAAUAGACGGAACCCCAGGAUAUGAAUAUGAUAAUUUAUUACUCGACGAUAUUGUAGAGGAAGAUGAGAAAGUUUCUCAGGAUGAUGAAAUUGAAGAACUCGAAAAGGAGCUUGAUAAAGAUUUACAUGAUGGAAAAGGAUAUAAUAGUAAUAUCCAUAAUCAUCACGAUGAUGAUUACCAGGACGAAAAUAAGGAAUACACCGUUGAUGAUAAAUUCGACCAGAUGGAAAUUCAAAAUAAGCAUUUCACACAUCCCUAUGUUUCUGGUUUAAUUCCAUUGGAUGAAACAAGUAGUUUAUCUAAAUUCUCUGAUACUAUGGGAUCUAUGCCGUCUUCAAAGGAGAAUUUGGUUCUUCAUAAAUCGAAUAUAUCCAAAGGAUCGUCUAUCUCUACAACUACCCAUAAGAGUAAUAAUAACAGAACGUCCAUGACCAGUAAAAGACCAGUGAAGAAAAAGUCGUUGUUAAUCGCCAAUCUGUUAGCAAGGAUGAAACAACAGUAA